AUGAUAACAGCAGUUUCUAAAUCAAAUGGUGAAAUUACUGUUUCAACAGUUGAACAAAGAUUAACGAAGAAAUCAGCUGAAUUCAUUGAUUGCUUCAUUCAUCCUAAAGCAUUUUCACUCGAUCCAAAUAUUUACACUGAAUUAGUCGAUCAUUAUACAUCAUAA